AUGGGCUGCCUAAUGGGGAAGGAGGAGAUGGUUGGGCAGCCGCUGCCAAAUGCCCCGUGCAAUUACCCAAACGGGUACAGUAACGGAUACCAGCGUGUCUACGAGCAGCCGAUUGCACCGGGGCACUAUGCGCCGGGGCAGUAUGCGCCGGGGCAGUAUGCACCGGGGCACUACGCAUCGGCACAGCCUGUUAUCCAGGACAGGUUCGGUUGCCAAUCCGGUUUUCCAGAUCCCUACCGAGCAGACUUCGCCUGCACUUCGGCACCUGAGCCGCUAGGCCAGCCACAAGGUUUCUAUGGCCAGCAACCUUACGGCCAGCAACCUUAUGGCCAGCAACCUUAUGGUCAGCCUUAUGGUCAGCCGGGGUACAGCCAGUCGGACUAUGGCAUGCAAGCCUACAAUCAGCCAGUCGCUCAAGGUCAAGGCAUGAGCUCAGGCACCAAGAUGGCUAUGGCAGCUGCGGGUGGUGUGGCCUUGGGGGCCGGUACAGCCUUUGCUGUUGAACAUGCGGGUGAUAUUGCUCACUUUGCAGAGGGUGCAAUUGAUGAUAUUGGGGGCGUUGCGGGAGAUGCAGUGCAUGGUGUGGAAGAGUUCGUAGAGGAUAUCUUUUGA